GCAAUCUGUCCGCGCAAAGUUCGGUAUUAUACACGAGUGUACUAUUAUUCGUGACGUUGACAUUACAUAGUCCAUAAUAACAGACGAAAAGAAUAAGAAAAAAAAGGAACGGAAAUCUCAUAAAUGUACUAAAACAGUGUAAUAUGUUUCAUGGAAAAUAAGUUCUAAUUGGAGAAGUGAACCUAAUUCAUAAGGAUGGAACAUAAGACGAAUAUAAGAAGCAUUUUAUUUGUGAUUUUUCUACACUUGUCGGUGCUAAAUUGUACUCACUUGACGAAAACUUAUUUUAAAGAUGAAAUUACAAAUAAUGGUGACAAUAUACCAAAAAUCAGUUGGUUAUUUAGCAGUUCUGCUGACAGUUCCGUUAGAGUUAAAAGAGCCAGCAUAAUCAAGUUAAACGAAGAUAGUUUAUUAAAAUCUAUGAAUAUUAAGUGUCGACAAAAUUUAAAUCGCCUGUGCGGUGAUAUUACUAAAAAUAACGACGAAUUAAUGCUGUUAGAAUGUAUUCAAAGUUUUAAGCCAACUGAAGUAUCUGGUAUUGAUGAUGAAUGCCGACAAGCAAUCUGGGACUAUAUCUUAAAUGUUACAGGUAACUCAAAUAUAGAACGUUUAGCUAGAAGAACCUGUGGCAAAGAGUUAGAUUCAUUGGAUUGCACAGCUUUUGGUAAUAAACAUGGAGCGUAUCUUUCAUGUUUAAUUGAUCAAAGAGAAAAAGUCAAAAAUCCUCAAUGCAUUACAUAUAUCCAAAGGUUGGAAUGGAUUGCAUUCAGUGAUUUUAGGAUUAUAACACCAUUUUCUUCAGAUUGUGAAAAUGAUAUUAAAAGAUUCAAAUGUGACAAGGUACAACCUUACAGAGACAUAUCCCAAGGACAAAUAUUAGCUUGUUUACAAGAACAUGUUAAUGAACUUCAACUUCAAUGUAAAAGACAUAUACUUCAUGUAUCUGAGAUACAAGCAGAAAAUAUCAACUUAGACCGACAAUUGUAUUUAGCUUGCGAAGAAGAUCAUACCAGAUUUUGUCCAAAUAUUAGACCAGGAAGUGGUCAAGUAUAUAAGUGUUUAAUGCAACACAAAACGGAUAGAUCUAUGACAACAAUGUGCCAAGAACAGCUUGCAAGACGAGGGAAAUUAAUUGCAUCUGAUUAUAGAGUUAGUAAAGGACUGGUUAAAGCUUGUAAAGAUGACAUUAAAAGUAAUCAUUGUAGAAGAUCUGUGUUUGAAGAUAAAAACAUAAGACUUGCACAAAUUCUUCUUUGUUUGGAAUCUGCGGCAAAAAAUGGUAGUAAAAUUGAUAAUAACUGCCAAGCUGAAAUGUUUGAUCAUAGAAAACUUUUAAUGGAAGAUUAUAGAUUAUCCCCUGAGAUAGUUGAUGGUUGUGCUAAUGAUAUUACAGCAUUUUGUAAUAGUUUAGAAGUUGGUGGUGCAACAAUUCAUUGCUUGAUGGAGCAUACAAGACCAAGAAAGAGGAAAUCGCGAAUAUCUAGUAAAUGUCAGAGAGCGUUAGAGGAUCUAAUUAUGGAAGCUGAUGCUGGAGAAGAUUGGAGAAUUGAUCCUGUUUUAAAGGAACAGUGUGAAUUAAUUGCUAAUGUAGUUUGCAAAAAUGUACAGGGAGGUGAUGCCAGAAUGAUAUCCUGUUUAAUGGAACAGCUUGGUACAGACAAAAUGACAGAAGCUUGUGAAACUGCUUUAGUUCAGAUACAAUAUUUUGUAGCUAGAGAUUUCAAACUGGAUCCUCAAUUGUAUAGAGCAUGUAAAUAUGAUGCAACACAUCUAUGUCAUGCAAGAAAUGCAUGGGCUAGUGAUGGAAAACAAAUGGAUCCAGAAAGAGGACCUCUUGUUUUACCAUGUUUAUAUAGACAUGUGUAUCAUCCUCAAAAGAAUAUGACAUUAAGAACAGAAUGUCUUGAAGAAAUUAGACGCGUUAUGAGGCAAAGAGCAGUAAAUGUUGAUUUACAACCUGAAAUUGAAGAAGUGUGUCUGGCUGAGUUAGCAUCAUUUUGUUAUGACAAAACAGCAAAAGGAGAAGAAAUAUUAUGUCUUCAAGAUAAUUUAGAACGUUUAAGCAAAAAUUGCAAAUUAGCAGUCGGCAAUUUUACGGAAGAACAAGCAGAACGUGUUGAAUUGAAUCCAAUAAUUUCUACUGCAUGUUUCCAUAUCAUAGAGCGUCAUUGUGAGGAAGUAUUAAAAUAUGGUAAAGAUGAGGGUGAUAUGAUGGAAUGUUUAAUAGAACACAAAAAUGAGAUAGAAGUGCGAUCUGAUUAUAAAUGUAAAGCAGCAGUGGAACACUUCCAAUUGAUAUCAUUAAAAAAUUACCACUUUACCUAUAAAUUUAAAGAAGCUUGUAGACCAUCUGUUAAAAGAUGGUGUCCAAAAUCUAAAACUAAGGCAGAAGUAAUAGAAUGUUUAAGUACAAAAGUGCAAGAAGAUAUAAUAAAAGAUACUCAACAUCACAUAACAAAAGAAUGUAGACAACAGUUAAAAGCGCAGCUUUAUCAACAAAGAGAAAACAUUCAGUUCGAUCCUAUCUUACAGGCACAAUGUACAAAUGAUAUUAAACAGUAUUGUUAUGAUCUUGAACCAGGAAAUUCUCAGAUUCUCGAAUGUUUAGCGGCACACAAGUCAAAAUUAACAGAUGCGUGUCAUAAACAAUUGUUUAAAGUGAGGAAACAAGAAUUCCAAGACAGUUCAAGCGAUUUCACUUUAUUAAAUAAUUGCCGAGCGAUGGUAAGGCAAUUCUGUCAUGAUAUAAGUCGUUCACAAGCGUUAGAUUGUUUAAAAAAAUAUAAAGAUGAACCAACAUUUGAUGAUAAAUGCAAAAAUAUUGUUAUUCGAAGAAUGAUUGAACAAAACACAGACUACAGAUUUAAUACUGCAUUACAAAUUGCAUGUUCUUAUGAUAUUAAUAAGCAUUGUAAAGAGGUUUUAUUAAAUGAACCUACCGAUAAAGAACUUGAAGGAAAAGUUAUAAGGUGUUUAAAAAUUAAAUUCCGAGAGUCAAAACUUUUAAUAAAAUGUGAACACCAAAUGACUAACAUACUUAGAGAAGCAGCUUUAAAUUACCAUUUAAAUCCAUUAUUAGCCACAAUGUGUGCACAUGAGAUUGAAACAGUUUGUAAAGCAGAUGACAAUGAUCCAGGAGCUGUAGAAGAAUGUUUGAAAAUGGAAUUUAAUGCUGGAAAUAGAGAUAUGAAAGAAGAAUGUCGCCUUGAAAUUGCUGACUUAAUAGAACAAACAAGAGCAGAUAUUAAUGUAGAUCCAUUAUUACAGAAAGCAUGUGCCGUCGAUGUCAAUAAAUACUGUAGUGAUAUUCCUCAAGGCGCAGGGAGGCAUAUCAUGUGUUUACAAAAUGUAUUAGAAGACAGUAACAAGUCUCUACAACCUGAUUGCUAUAAGAUGUUAACUACAAGGAUCGAAAUGUUCAGAAAUGCAGCUAAGUUAAUUGGACCAAAUUCAAUCCAGGAAUUGUACUCAACGGUAAAUCAAUCUCCCGCAAGACGAUAUUUCAUGAUUAUUGCGUUAACAAUGAUUGGCUUAAUUUUCAUCACCGGCUUAUUUUGUGGGAGAGUAACAAGACGAACAAUGUUAAUGAAAAAUAAGUGAUAAAUUAUAGUGAGAAAAAUCCGUCCUCGAAGAUUUUCUAUCGCUGUAAUUAAAAAGAAAAAACAAAAUCAAUUCCAAGUAAACAUCGAAACAAAGAAGAAGAACAGAGUGAUUGUACUGGUGACCUUCCUGCAAGAUAUCAAACUGUGCAAAAUUAAGAUAGAAGUUGCAUUUUUUAAUAUUUUUAUUUAUCUCCUUUUUUAAUACACAUAUAAAUUUAUAAAAGAGAGCGAAAGGGAGAGAGAGAGAAUAUAUAUAUAUAUUCAUAUACAUAUUAUGUACACGAAUCUACAAUUUGUCAUUCAGUAGUAUUAUCAUAAAUAUAAAAAACUGUAAGAUUGAAUGAAUGUAAUGUAUGAUAAAUUGAAAAUGAUUUGCAUUUAAGGUAGAUUUUAAUAAAAAAAAUAUAUUAAUAGAGAAUAUA